UGAAUUGCACACAACUUCAUCCUCCCCCAAAUCCCCACCCACCCUCUAAUCUUCCAAAAGUCCGUGGCAAAGAUGUGUGGGCAGAGGCUGAAUAGCACACAGUAGCCAAACAUAUAAAACAGAAGGACUUUCAGAAGAGAGAGAGAGAGAAACUCAAGUUGACUCUUUGUUACAAGCUUGACCGAGCAGACUGCCAACAAUUUAUCAACGUGACCAGCGCAACUUCAGCAUAACGAUGACUGUAGUACCAUGGCUCAUCAUGCUCCUCUGUGUUAUUCUACCGAGAGUGAAUGGUCUCACCUCCUUCAAUGAACUCUGUGAGUGUGUGUUUGUAUGUGUGUGUGUUUCUCUCUUUAUCUCUGAGCUGUGUGUGUUCCUGAUUGUAAGUAUCAAUGGUUUCUGCCUGUAUCUCUUUAUGUAUACUGUACUAUCAGUGUUUUAUUGUGGAUCUAAUUGAAGCCAUUGUGGAUCUAAUUGAAGCCAUUGUGGAUCUAAUUGAAGUGUGUGUGUGUGUGCGUACGUGCGCCCCUGUAGACAUGGUUGAUAAGGGGGACAGUUUGGUGACUCUGACAUGUCCCACGGCAUUCUCUGGAGCUAUGACGUGGAAGUACGAGGGAGAGACUGAGGAUUUAGACAAAACUCAGGUCCAAGGCCGUAACCUGAUACUGAAUGAGGUGGACUGGUAUGGAGAAUACAGCUGCUGGGAUGGAGACAAGAAACUAGGAUCCAUCUAUCUACUGGAGGAGCUGAAGGAACAGGACGGUGUGUGUGUUUGUGACAGAGAGAGAGUUUAUUGCCCACAUGUCUCUACCACAUGUCUGGUUGUUCAUGUUUGUAUGUGUAUGUGUAUGUGUGUGUGUGUGUGUGUGUGUGUGUGUGUGUGUGUGUGUGUGUGUGUGUGUGUGUGUGUCUAUGUGUGUGUGUGUGUGUAUGCUCUGCCUCUCUCUGUAGAUGAUUUAAUCAGCUGUCGGGCCAAGUCUUAUGGCUGCACCUUUAACUGUAGCUGGACCCACAGUGAAUUCACAGCUGUCCGUCUUGGGCUGGGCCAUGACUGUACUGACAGCCAGGAAUCUUGCACCUGGGUGUACCCAACGACCAGCCUCCAAGAUGGAGGGUUGGAGUUUGAACUGACACAUUCGCUUUCACCCUACACUGAGGAGGCCUCUCCCCUAGUGGUCACUGUUGAGGCCAUCACCAGGCAGGAGUACCUCAGGAAGACUAAGAGGUUCUACCUACACGACAUUGUCCAGCCAGACAGUCCUGCAGGGAUGAAGUGCCAGGUGAUGGAUCAGAGAUUGAAGGUGAAAGUAGAACCGCCAGCCACCUGGAACUGUCCGCCCAGCUACUUCCCUCUGGAGCACCAGAUAGGAUACAUUUUUAAAGACAACGGAAAGGAGGAGCACUCAAUGAAUCCUCUCAUACCGAGAGGGGUCAGUAAGCUGAGGGCCCGCUCCAGAGACCCCCUGGUCCCUUCCCCCUGGAGCCAGUGGACCCCCUGGAAAAAUGUGGUUACGGGAGGCAAAAAGGAGGAGAAAUGCAAAGAGAAACGCAAAGGAAAAGAUAGCAUCUGCUGCAAGACUGGAGAAAAGAAGAGGACCAAGACUAAGUCGAGAUCUGCAUUCACUGCUAAUGAAUAACGGACAUCGUGUGUCUCUAUUGUCGUAUCACUAUGUGUUUCUGGGAUCUAGACAGUUAAAUAUGUCAAUAAAAUGUAAUAUUCAA